AUGACCUCAGCACAAAAACCCAAACGAGUAGCAAUAAUUGGUUCUGGUGUAUCCGGCUUGGGAGCAUCAUGGCUUCUCGCUGAACAUUCGCCGCACGUUGUGACCCUCUAUGAACAGAACGACUACAUUGGCGGUCACACUCACACCGUUGAUUAUGUUUUACCGGGCACAAAGAACUCAGCGAAUCCUAUAUCUGUGCCCGUUGAUACCGGAUUUAUUGUCUACAAUCCACAUACCUAUCCCAACCUCAUAAAAUUCUUUUGCCACAAACAAAUCGAAUCGAUAAAAACAAAUAUGAGUUUCUCGUUAUCAAGAAAUCAUGGGGAAUUUGAAUGGGCCGGCAAGAAUUUGUUCUCAGUUUUCGCGCAACCGAGUAAUUUAUGGAAUAUAGACAUGUGGCAAACUUUAUAUGAUAUCUUCAGAUUUAAUUUUCAUGCCACUGAGUUAUUGGAAUUGGAUAACGAACACCCAGAGAAGAAAAUGAGUCUAGGAGAGUAUCUGGAAAUUCAUCAAUAUUCUAAAGCUUUCAAGGAUAACUAUUUGGUGCCAAUGACCGCGGCGAUUUGGUCAACCCCACCUGACAAAUGUUCUCUUGAUUUUCCGGUGUCGACUUUAAUUCAAUUCAUGCAUAACCAUAGUAUGUUACAAAUAAUUGAUCAAGCUCAAUGGCUUACGGUAAAAGACGGAAGUCGAAAAUACGUGGAGUCCGUCACUCCUCAUAUAAAAGAUAUUAGGCUAUCCACAAAGGUGGUAUCCAUUACUCGUAGACCCUCGGAUCCCGAUGAUCCCAAUUCACCACCGCUCAUAACCAUUACCGAUCAAAAGGGAAGACGAGACGAGUUUGAUCACGUAAUAUUCGCAACUCAUGCGGAUCAAGCACUGAAAAUAUUAGGUGAUGAGGCAACGGAAGAGGAAAAACUUGUCUUGGGAAAUAUAAAAUUUGCCAAGAAUCGGGCAGUGUUGCAUUCAGAUACCUCGUUGAUGCCAGCUCGUCGACUCACACAUGCGGCUUGGAAUUAUAUCACGACAUCCACUGGGUCAUCACAGAAUACAAAUCAAAUUUCACUAACAUACUCAAUGAACAUCCUCCAGUCCAUCGAUGAAUCCAUCUAUGGUCCUGUGUUGGUGACUUUAAAUCCCCUCUGGGAACCCGAUCCCGCAAAAACUUUUGAUUCCUGGAUAUACGAACAUCCUCAAUACAGCGCCGCGACGAUUGCCUCCCAAAAAUCUUUGCCUAGCAUCCAGAAUCUUCCUCACCUGGCGACCACUUUUGCUGGGGCAUGGACCAAAUACGGAUUUCACGAAGAUGGAUUUACUUCAGGUCUUAAGGUUGCCACAGAAUUCUUGGGCGCCGAGUGUCCUUUCGAAAUCAUUGACGCUACAUAUAUCAGAGGACGGAAAUCGGAAUUAACUUCCGUGCAGAAGUUACAGAAAAUGUUAUGGUCGGGUGUAGAAUGGUCAGUGAAUAAUUCGAAGCCGUUGGCUGUAAUUGGGAUUACCAUUGCAAGUGUUUAUAUGCAACACGCUUAUAAGAUAAUCCAGAAUCAUGGAAGUGGUAGCGAUGUUAAUCAGAGCAAUGAACCCUCUGGAACCCCCAGUCCAAGUGCAACGCCUACGAAAACCCCUGAUAGUGGUGAUAAUCAGAAACCAUUAAUAAUUGCCGUGGGUGUUUCAGUUGGAAUUAUUGGAUUAAUUGCCAUUGGCACGUUGAUCUUUUGUUUAACAAAAAGACGACGAAACAAGUCGGAAGUUGAAGUUUUAAGAAUUCCGAGUGACAAUGUGGAACAUUGA